AUUAAUAAGAUUGUACAUGACUAAACCGACGUUUGGACCAGAUGACACUAAAUCGAGUAUAAUAUGUUCCGGUACUUGGUGACAUAAAUUUUAUAGAAUGAUUGUCAUAUUGUACAACAGAGGUAAUCCAAAUUUUAUGAGAAAUUUUUUAGUUAAUUUAAAAAUGAAUGACAUUUUUAAUUGAAGUUUUUUUAACAAUGAACCAAAUUAGCAAGAAAAAAUAUAUUAGAUCCACCAUUCAUAAAUAAUGAAAAUGAUAUUAACACAUAAUUAAAUUAUUUUACUAUUACAUAACCAAUAAAAUAACAUAUAUAUCACACUUCCUAAUAUACUUUUUCUCUCUAACCUUUUUCUUCAUUUUCCUUCGUAAAACAACAUUUUCCCUCCUCUCCAUUUUUCCUUUCUCUCCAUUUCUCUCCGUUCAAAUUUUCCUUCACCUCCAUUUUCCUCCCUUCCUUUGAAAACAGAGUGUUAGGGUUUCUCUAAACCUCGUCCACAUCCCCAACAAUGGUUAACGCAGUGGGAAAUUCCGCACUGGGAAUGUCUCUGGUCAUUCGGUUUCGCCUCGUCUCUUACUUGAUUCCGCAGUCAGCGGUCAAGAAUGAGUUGGGAGUUUCUUGUCAGAAGGUCCGGUGUUAUACAGGUGGCUCUUCAGGUCCUGUUAGAUACAUUCCCAAGAAGAAAUCCUCCCCCAAGAGAAAUGAAGAGGUGAAGAAGAAUGAUGAUUCGAAGAAUGCAUUUGACGGGAAGUUCGAAGGUGUGGAGAGCAACUUUUACUCGGAUGAGAAGAAUUGUAGCCGAAAGCAAACGCAGAGAAGAUUGCCCACUGCACAUCAAUGCAAGGUCGAUCGCAGUUCAGCAUUCAUGGACCAUGAACCAAUGGAAGAGCAUGUGGCUUUCGGUGUGGGAAGACAAACAGAAAUAAGUGGUUUUGCACAAGACAAUCAACUGGUGCAAAAUGCAAACAAAUUGGCGAUUGGCUUGCUUGCUAAAAGAUCACUGACAGCAUUGGAACUGAAAAAGAAGCUGGAAGCAAAAAAAAUUCCUGCGGUUAUUGUCAAUCCAGUGGUAGCAAGUCUCCAGCAGAGAGGAUAUGUCAAUGAUGGCUUGUAUGCGGAAUCAUUUGCACGCUCUAGAUGGUCUUCCUUAAGUUGGGGACCCAUGCGGAUUAAGCAAGCAUUGCUAAAGAAGGGAGUGAGUGAAGCUGAUGCACAGAAAGCCUUAAAAACUGUUUUCCAGGAUACUGAACCUGAAUUUAAGGAUUCAAGAGUCGAUAUGUCGAAGCCUUCUCUCGAUCACCUAUUUGCUCAAGCUUUAAAGCAAUGGCUGCGAAGCCAGGAUGCCCCAAUACAGAAACGCAAAUCGAGGAUCAUUCGGUGGCUCCAGUACCGUGGUUUUGACUGGGGCGUGAUUUCCCAUCUGCUGGCAAAGUUAGAAUCUAAGAAACAACCUCCAUAGACAACAACAAACAAACAGAUCAAAGGUGGCAUCUACGUUGAAGGCCAUAGAUAUAGAGGAUGUCAUGUCGGUCAUGUAGUCCCUACUCAAGAUAAUGGUCCAAAGCAAAAAUCCAUGUAUGUAUUGCCUGAUGUGGAUAGGGUCUGGCUGUCUCUCUCCGUUCGUAGAAAGGCAGUAUUUAUGGCUAAAAGGUUGGCCACUUUUAUCCCUCCAACUGUUUCAAGUUUGGGCUUGCAUCAGCUCGUACUUAGUGCCAUCUAAUCCAUCCGUGUAAUGCAGGAAUGAAGUCAAAGCGUUUGGAACAUGUGGGCGCAGCAAGAGAAGCAAGUGGGAUUGGUGGGUUCACUUCUGUGAUACAAGUGAAGUAAGUGUUUUUGUAUGGCUUUUACUGACAAUGGGAUGGGUGCAAUGCAUCAUAUCGAAGUGCAAAUAAUAACAUAUAUCAGCCGUUGGGUGUUGGUUUGCCUGUCAGUUUCUUUUGUUUGUUUGAUUUGUGGUGGGGAGCAGCAGCAGCAGCAGCAGCAAAAAUUCGUACUGCUGCACUUUCUUUCUUUUGAGCUGCCUCAUACCAGCAGUUGUAGAGUCUAGACUCCCCACUUGGGCCUUCGAUCAAAUGAAAACCAUUUGAGGGCUGAGGUGACUUGCUGGAUUGGAAAGGAAAUUGCUAAUUGGAAGGGAUUUUGCAUCUCCUUUUUCAUCUUUUGGGGGAUUUUGUUAUGGUGUUGGAUGGUGAGAUUGACAAGACGACGUUUUUUGUCCUUUUGUUUUUGGCGUUUUCACUUGGGGGAGGAAAGUUAGUGUGAGCAUGGUCCUGGGCUUGCACGUGGAUUUUGUUUGGAACUAACAAGGCAUUUACUUUUUUUUUUUUAUGGGUUUGCAUGUAUUUGAAAUGAUAUUAUUCUCAGUCAUCUGAUUCAAGAAUUACAUGCAUCCUGGAAGUUACAUGUUUCAAAAUCUCAGUUUCCUUGGGAAUGAUAAUGGGAUGAUGCGAGGGCAAGUACCUCUAGCCAGUAGCCAGCCAAUCCAUACUCCCAAGUGAUUUGCAAAACUUUUGACAACAAUGGCAUGGGUGAUCCGUAUUUGAAAUAUUUUUGUUAAUGUUUUUGCUUUCUGGUUUCUUUUACUUGUGGGCAUCUGGCUGGAAAGUCCUCCUCAGGACAGCACAUGGACAUGUGGUGUGCAGAACGUGGGACCAUGUGAUCCGAAUUGUGGUCACUGCUGGAAAACUCGACCCAAUCUCAUAAAUAAAACAUACGCUC